ACAUACAUACUACAGUACUACACGUCCUCUACAAUUACCAAAAUCUUCUCCUCCACACCUUCUUCCACACUACAAUCACAAUUUAUUCACAAUGGCAUAAACGUCAUUUCACUCCCUCUCCAAAUUCCAAAACCAAAAAAAAAAAACUCUCAUGAUCCAUCAUUAAUCCUUGAAAACAAUUUCACUUUUAUUUCCCCACACACACAGAGAUACAUAUUUAACAUUUUCUCUCUCCUCCAUCAUGGCCUCAUCGGCUCUCCGCCUCCGCCGAAUCGGCGCCAUAGCCGCUGCCGCCGCCGCAGCAACAACCACAUUUACAGUGACUAUUUCCUCAAACGACAACAGGAGUGUGGACCCCUCAAUCCAGACAAAGAUCGCCACCUCAAAUGGCGUGGUCCCCCCUAGGCGGGCCCACAUCUCUUCUCUUGUGGGGUCCACCCCCGACAAACCCCUUGAUAUUCUCGUGGUCGGUGGUGGUGCCACUGGGUGUGGCGUCGCACUCGAUGCCGUCACCAGAGGCCUCCGUGUUGGCCUUGUUGAAAGGGAGGAUUUCGCCUCUGGAACUUCUUCCAGGUCUACUAAGUUAAUUCAUGGAGGAGUACGCUACCUUGAGAAAGCUGUGUUCAAUGUUGAUUAUGGGCAACUAAAGCUUGUUUUCCAUGCACUCAAGGAACGUAAACAGGUGAUUGAUAAUGCUCCACAUCUGUGCCACUCUUUGCCUUGCAUGACCCCGUGUUUUGGCUGGUUUGAAGUGGUGUACUACUGGGCAGGCUUGAAACUAUAUGAUCUGGUAGCAGGGGCAAGGUUGCUACAUAUGUCGAGGUAUUACUCAGCGCAAGAGUCUAUUGAACUCUUCCCCACGCUUAAAAGAAUGGGAGAUGAUAAAAGUUUAAAGGGAACUGUAGUUUAUUAUGAUGGGCAAAUGAAUGACUCGAGACUGAAUGUUGGCUUGGCGUGCACAGCGUCAUUAGCUGGUGCCUCUGUUCUUAAUUAUGCUGAAGUUGUUUCCUUACUCAAGGAUGACGUUGAUGGGAGGAUAAUUGGUGCACGGAUUCGUGACAAUAUCUCUGGUGAAGAGUUUGAUACAUAUGCUAAAGUUGUGAUAAAUGCUGCUGGACCUUUUUGUGAUUUUAUCCGAAAACUGGUUGAUAAGGCUGCUCCUCCAAUGAUUUCUCCUAGCAGCGGUGUACAUAUUGUUCUCCCUGACUAUUAUUCUCCAGAAGGGAUGGGGUUAAUUGUUCCCAAAACUAAGGAUGGCCGUGUUGUUUUUAUGCUUCCAUGGCUGGGAAGGACAUUAGCAGGGACCACGGAUUCUAAUACCAUCCUUACGAUGUUGCCAGAACCACAUGAGGAUGAGAUUCAAUUUAUCUUGGACGCUCUCUCUGAUUACCUCUGUAUCAAGGUACGUCGAACAGAUGUUCUCUCUGCAUGGAGUGGCAUUCGCCCAUUGGCAAUGGAUCCAAGAGCGAAAAACACAGAAAGCAUAUCUCGUGAUCAUGUUGUUUGUGAAGAUUUCCCUGGCUUGGUAACUAUUACUGGUGGAAAAUGGACCACCUAUAGAAGCAUGGCUGAGGAUGCUGUUGAUGCUGCAAUUAAAUCUGGAAAGCUUAGUCCAGCUAAUGAAUGCAUAACACACAACUUGAUACUUACGGGUGGCUCUGGUUGGGAUCCCUCCAAUUUUACUGUUAUUGCUCAACAGUAUGUUCGGAUGAAGCAGACACGUGAUGGAAGAGUCGUUCCUGGUGUCAUGGACACUGCUGUAGCAAAGCAUUUAUCGCAAGCAUAUGGUACAUUGGCUGAGCGGGUGGCUUCAAUAUCUCAGAAUGAAGGUUUGGGCAAGCGUCUCGCACAUGGAUACCCUUUCCUUGAAGCGGAAGUAGCAUACUGUGCUCGAUACGAGUAUUGUGAGUCUGCAACUGAUUUUAUUGCACGUAGAUGCCGGCUUGCUUUUCUAGAUACUGAUGCGGCUCAUCAGGCUCUGCCUCGUGUCAUUGAGAUACUAACGGCGGAGCAUAAAUGGGAUACAUCUAGAAAGAAUUACGAGUUUAAGAAGGCUAAGGAAUUCCUGGAGACCUUCAAAUCAUCCAAGAAUGCUCAGUUUCAUGACGGUAAACACAAAUAGUAUAUGUGUCUAUUAUAUUCAAUCUACUCCUGGGAUUAAGGAGUGUUCAACAAUUCUAACUACUGGCAAAUUUCUUGGGGUUGCCCUGCAUCUCUUCGUCGAAAAGGGUUGCUAUUCAAGUCUUUUCCAUUGGACCAGAAGUCGACCCAUUUUUACAAAUAAAUGAGUCACCAGGUCACAUACUAUACUACAUGGUACACAGGAUCUCUCUAAACUACACAUAUAAAGUUUGUAUAUGCAUUUUUCAAUUGUCAGUCAUAUUUUACAUGCAUCUUCAUGAGAUUAGGUGACCUGAUAGAUUUUUUUGAAUCAUUUUUUUAAUGUCCGAGAGCUCAUAUGUAGGCUGCUCUUCGAAUCCAUCUUUUUUCAUGUAGCUUUGAAUGUCAUAAGAUACUCCCACGUAGCUUGAGUGCUGGAGGAAAUGUAGGCGGAAGAUAUCUAUUGUAAUCAUUUAUUUGUAAAGCCAUGUUUACUCCUUAAUUAUGAUUAUUUUCCGCAAA